ACAGACAUUAUGUGGCCAUGUUCGUGCUGAAGCGUACUCGUACUUCCAAAAGAACUUUCAUCAUUUCCUCUCUGAAUACAGGGUAGUUGGAGCUUUGUUAAAUAGUGAAGAAUUUGCUACAGCCUAUAACUGUCCCACUGAUUCCCCGAUGAAUCCUUCAAAGAAAUGUAAGCUUUGGUGAAAAAAUGUGUUAGAAAUAUCAACAUUAAAUUGCGUUGAUGCAAGCAAGAACCUAACCCUACAUAACUUCUGUCUUUUUUAAACACUGUAGCUUAGGUUCAACUGUUAAAGUUACCAAAAAAAUUAACCAACCUUAAUGAUUGUAUUGAAUGGUAAUAAAAUACAUAGUAUUUU